UCCACUCACUUUCUUUUGCGUCUGACCUAACCAGAAGAAAGGCUCUCCUACUGGAAAGAAUUUAUUUUAUUUUUUCCCCCCCUCAGAGAGAAAAGUUUUGCUGGAGCAUGAGCUGCCCGUGUGCCCGGGUGAGGCGGGUCGGGCUCUUCGGGGGCACUCACGGCAAUGAAUUAUCGGGGGUGCUGCUGGUCAGGCACUGGCAGCAGGAUGGAGCCGAGAUCCAGAGGGCAGGAGUGCAGGUGAAACCAUUCCUCACCAACCCCAGGGCUGUGGAGAGGUGCACCAGGUACAUUGACUGUGAUCUCAACCGCGUUUUUGACCCCGAGAGCCUUGGCAGGCCAGUGGUGGAAGAUAUUCCAUAUGAAGUGAGGAGGGCUCAGGAAAUCAAUCAUAUAUUUGGUCCCAAAGGUAGUGAUGAUGCCUAUGACCUUAUUUUUGACCUUCACAACACCACUUCUAACAUGGGUGGUACCAUUAUUCUUGAAAACUCCAGGGAUGACUUUACAAUUCAAAUGGUUCAUUAUAUCAAGAACGCUUUGGCUCCAGAACCUUGUCCUGCUCUGCUGAUUGAACAUCCCAGCCUGAAAUAUGCAACAACUCGCUCUGUGGCAAAACAUCCUGUUGGUGUCGAGGUGGGGCCCCAGCCACAAGGUGUUGCUAGAGCUGAUGUUUUGGACAAAAUGAGGAAGAUUGUCAAACAUGGCCUUGAUUUUGUGCAACUUUUUAAUGAAGGCAAAGAAUUUCCACCAUGCACAAUCGAGGUUUUUAAAAUAAUGGAGAAAGUAGAUUAUCCCAGGAAUAAGAAUGGUGAAAUUAUUGCAAUAAUUCAUCCUAAACUACAGGAUCAAGACUGGCAGCCACUGAAGAAUGGUGAUCCUCAAUUUUUGACUCUUGAUGGAGAAGUAAUUCCAUAUCAGGGCAACUGUACAGUCUAUCCAACAUUUAUUAAUGAAGCUGCAUAUUAUGAAAAGAAACAAGCUUUUGUAAAAACAGAGAAAAUCAAACUCACUGCAAAACACCUCAGGUUGUCAGUCUCAGAGCAGAGCACUUCUUAAGAGCUUUUUUUCAUAUAAAAAGUGAGUUUCCUUAUGAAGUCCAGGGUCAUUCAGUAGUUACUUGUGGGAUACAUAAAUGCAGAAUCUAAUUUUAAAUUGUUAUUUAAUUAACCUUGCUGAGCACUUCGAGAUCUAUUGUCAUAAUGCUGAUUAUGACUGUUUAUUGUUCUAAUAGACUCCUAUAGAUGCAAAGAAUUUAUAAAUAUUUUGUGAAGUUUUUAUGAAGAAGCUCCUCCACAGUACUACAUUAUAUACAAAAAUUACAGCUUUUCUACUUCAUAACCCCAACCCUCAAUAACCAACACUUUUUACAAUGGGUUAAUCCUUUAAAUUAAUUCCUCAGGUAAACACACAAAAUGUGAGACAAAGGAGAAGCUGGGCAGAGAGAAAUGGGAGGAGGGUGUGUAUAAUAAAUGAUGUUAUCUGCAUAUGUGACUGACCCCCACUGUGCUGAAGUGGAAGCCUUGGGGCUUAUUUUGUUUUUAUACUUACAAACAUUAAAAGAAGCUAAAACAGGAUUUCAGAGAAAUAUACUCUAAAAAGCUUUACAUUUCACUUUAGUGUAUUUCAGAAUAAAUUCAAGCUGCUUCUGAUUUAAGGCAAGAUUUAGACAGUUAUUUUGUUUUGAUGAAGAGCAAUGCACAAACCAUACCUGAGUAUUCCAGAAUGGAAAUUAAGAAGAAUUCCACAUGGAGAGACUUGUUCUGUAUCUGUGGAGACAAAGCCUGUCAACGUCUUAAAAAGAUUAAAAAAUGGGGGUUUAAUUAAUUUUCUAAAGUUGUUUUUUACACAUUUGACAAAUAGGUAAUAAACAUUAAGAAUUUUAAAAAAAGACACAUUAAUUAUUUACUGAAAGAUUAAUUGUCCAGAUAACUCCUAUAUUCUACCUUUGAAAUGUGAUGUCACCCUCAUUUACUAUUAAAUUUAAUAGUAAAUGAGAGUGACUAAACCCAAAUAAGGAAAUGUGGGAGGGGCUAAACCCAAAUAAGGACAUGUGGGCAGGGCUGAAUCCAAUAAGGAAAUAUGGGUGGGUCUAAAAACCAAAUAAAGGAAUGUGGGCAUGGCUAAACCUAAAUAAGGAAAUGUGGGAGGGCUU